AUGCCGUCUUUUUCGAUAUUGAGACGGACGCCCCGGAGGCGGAACACAGAAUGCGCCAAGCCGGCAGACGCCACCGUUAUCACCGUUACCGAAGGUGUCUUUGGGGGGACAGGGGAUGCUGUGGUUGCAGCUGAAGGAUUGGGAUGGGGGGCAGGAAGGGGAGGGGGACAUGGAGGCGGCGGGCGAUCCGGGGGGCUUGGCCUGGGGUUGACAUCCAACAACAGCGACAAAACAAACAACAACAACAUCAUCAACAACAACGCCAGCAACAUCACCUUUAGCAGCAACGAGAGUUCGCAACGAAAUUCGAUUGACGGAAAUGACAACAAUGGACCAGGAAGUACCUCUAUGCCGACGGGGACGAAUGAGAAGAAGAAGAAGGAGAGACGCGGGUCGAGACGAGACAUCUUUCUGCAGGACAUCCGCAGUAGAUUAACCGGGAAGCUGCCACCUUCCUCGUCCUCCAACAACAACAGCAACAACAACACGUCGUCUCCUUCCUCGGGCGCAUCGACCCCUCACCAGGAAGCAAUUACUAACUCCUCCUCCACCAACCCUCCGAUCUCCACCAACACUACUUCGAUCACCGCCAUCUUCAACAGUUCGAAUACCAGCCCCAGAGAUCUCUACGCCAAGGUCACCAGUGGCGCAAACGCCAUUAUCACCACGCUCGCCCCUAGAUGCUAA